AUGCGCAUGGAUCCUCGUCGAGUGCCCGGCGAUGCGGAGCCCAUUUGGAAAUCGGCCACGCGAGCGGCGAUCAGACUCAUGUCGACAGCUCUGUACUCGAAGCGGUUCAUCGGCGCGUCGGCGCUGCUCAUUUACGGGUACGCGUCGUACCCCAUUGCGGAGCCCACGAGUACGCACUCACUGCGACUGGCACAGGGACUGGAUUCCCAUGAGCUCGACCGGAAGGACCCAUUCGCCAUCAACGUACGCAAAAUCGCGGCCCGUGUCGGCGUCAAGAACCCGGAGCGGAUUUCGAUUCGAGUUGGUGAGGAGACUGCUGGAGCAUCCAUGGGAGCCAACCUUACCGUCGGUCGCCGCGGUGCGUGUAUCGUGUUGCCCAUGGAGCUGUACGACGCCUUCCACGCGCCGGCUCACCUGCACGAGAAGUACGACAUUCCCAAGCGAGACGAGAUCGACUUUGUCCUGGCUCACGAAAGCGCACAUAUCGCCAAGAACCACUCCAUGUACACGGGUGCCUUCCUACCGACGUCACUUGUUGGCAGUUGUAUCGCCAUCCACAAGAUUCCGAACAAGUUGGUCGCAGGCAUUGUCGGAGUGCUGGGUAUCGUCGGCGGUAACUGGUAUCUGUCCUGGAAAUUGGAGCACGAAGCCGACCAGGUAGCUGCUGAAAGCGGCUUCGCUCGUGGCGGCAUCAACUGCUUCCAGAGGAGGCUGUCUCGCAACUGCGAGUUGCGCUCGGUGCUCAACACGUGGAUGAUCGACGAGCGCGGCAAUUACUUGGCUGACACCUCCCAUCCGCUGUUGACGUCGCGCAUUGAACGACUGAAGCUCCUGGCUACCGCAGAGCCUGUCAAGCUCGUGGUCACCGCAGAUACCACGACCGAUGAAGCGGACGCAUACUGA